AUGCAGUUCAUCAACAUCAUCAUCUCUCUAGCUGCCCUCGGCGCUGUUGCCAAUGCUCAGUUUGAGAAGCGCUCCUGUGUCGGUAACUACGACGUUGCCUGCAUUUCUGGUGGCGACCCUUGCUGCGAUGGCUGGCAAUGUGUUGGCGCCACCGAGUGGAAUGCCGGUGUUUGCAUCCCCAACUACUAA